UUUCUUCGUGAAUCGGUGACGGUGAAGGUCCUCGUAUAUAAGCAACAGCCGGUACUGCAAUUGUCAGUGUGACUGGUCUCAUCGGAAGCGCCCUAUCUGCUUACACGCCUGCGAACCGGAUCAAGAUGUUGCGAGUUUUUCUGUUCGCGUUGGCCGUGACGGCCGCGAGGGCCUCUUAUUUUUCCUCCCUGGAAGGUCAUGGCCACCAGAUCGAGCCGAAGCUCAUCUCGCAGUCGGUACACCUGAAGGAGAUCCCGACGAAAAUCAUCAAGGUCACGAAGACCGCGGUCGUCAAGGUGCCGGUCCCGUAUCCCGUCAAGGUGCCCCAUCACAUACCCGUCCCGGUGCCGGUGAACCACCCGAUCGCGGUUCCGUACACGAAGCUAGUGAAAGUCCAGGAAACGGUGCCGGUCGAGGUGUCGAAGCCGGUCCCGAUAGAGAUCCACCAGCAAGUGCCGGUGGUGGUGCCGAAGGCGGUGCCCAUACCGCAUCCGGUUCCUGUUCCCCAGCCGGUGGCCAUUAACAAGCCGAUCUUCUACCCGGUGCCGCACCCAAUACCUUAUCAGGCACACAGCGAGUCCGAGGGCGGCGGCGGCGGCGGCGGCGGAGGCGGCUACGAUUCGGGAUCCGACCACGUGGGACACGAGUCCGAGAACUACAGUUCGUACACGUUGAACCAGCAAGGCCACGGCGGAGGGUACGAUCAGGAUCAUUCCGGCGCCCAAGGACACUUCCAGCCGUCCCAGCCCGACUACAAUUAUUGAUCGCGAUCGUACGCUCCAUGGAAACAGACGCGACUGUUGGCCGCCCUCGACAACUUUUUGGGUGCCCUCGUAGGAACGUCGAUAGAAAGAGGACGUUCGGAUCCCGCCGUAUUCCUUCAGGCGAAAACGUGCUCGGAGCUUCGCCGCUCCGGAGCCUAUGGCAAUUUCAUGGUUUGCUUUUCGCGGUCCUCCAGUUCGAUCCAUUGGGAAGUAUUAUUCGUUUGCAGUUGAUGGCGGGAGAAAGAAAGUUGGACUUCGCUAAACCAGGAUAUUU